GAGAGAGGCACACACACACACACAGAGAGAGAGAGAGAGGCACACACACACACACACACACACACACAGAGAGAGAGAGAGAGAGGGACACAGGUCUGUCUCCUCGUUGAGCUCGGUGUGUUUUGUUUCUGGACGCGUUGAAUGAGCGACGCGCCGCGGAUCAUCACUGAACGCAAGCGCUGACGCUGCGAUGGCCUCGAAAUCUCUCCACGACUGUCUGCGAGGACAGUGUCUGGGCGUCCUCAGCUCCCGCUUCCGUUAUUACUUCCAGCACCCCUGGUCUCGUCUGGUGGUGGCCUACCUCGUCACCUUCUUCAACUUCCUGAUCUUCGCCGAGGACCCGGUGUCUCACAGCCAGACGCAGGCGCACAUGAUCGUGGUGGGGAACUGCUUCUCGUUCGUGGUCAAUAAAUAUCCCGGAGGAGGAUGGGACGUCCUGAAGGUCCUGAUGUGGAUCCUCGCCGUCAUCACAGGCCUGUUCGCCGGGAAGUUCCUGUUCCACCGACGCCUCUUCGGUCGUGUCCUGCGUCUGAAGAUGUUUCGGGAGGACCACGGCUCCUGGAUGACCAUGUUUUUCACAACCAUUCUCUCGCUCUUCAUCUUCUCUCACAUCUAUAACCUCAUUCUGCUCAUGAGCGGACAGAUGGGGUAAGAGAUAUCACGUCUUUAAUUACAAACGUUCAUUCCCUCCUCUCACUUAUUCUGAUUAGGGAUGGCCAUUGUGAGGAGUUGAAUCAUUUCUGGCUCUUUAAUUCCAUUAAUGAUACUUUUAUUCUUUUCAGACAGUCUCAGUAAUUAGUCGUUACUAAUAGAUGACAGUAAAUGAGUCCAGAACCGCUGAUUGAUUCCAAUGGAAGACCGGAGGUUCAAAUCUUGUGACUGAAUCAUGAUGCUUUAUGAAUGAUUCAUUCGAACGAACCAACUCAUGAGAUAUAUUUGUUCAUAAUUCAUUUAGUUUUUUGGGUGAUUUGUUAAACAGACGCAACUAAAAGAACUGAAUCAGACUACACUGAUCAUUCUGUGUGAUUGUUGUGUGCAGAAAUGCAACAGAAAGAUGAUCAUUUAAUGCAGUUGUAUGGUUCAGUAAACAGAUUGAUUCGAAUGGAUGACUCAAUGAUUCAGAUCUUUUGAGUGCGUCUGAUUUAUGAUUCUUUUUGAUCAAAACCAGCUCAUGAGAUGCAUUUUUUUGUAAAUCAGACUUCAUAAUAAUCAUAGAGUUCAAGAUUGAUUUGUGGGUAUUUUUGAAAGAUUCAUUAAAACGAACCAGUUGAAAGAAUCAUUACUGAAUCAGACAGCAUUGAUUCUUCUGUUUGUUUGUUGUCAUGCUUGGUUUAGCAAAUGAGUCCAGAACCACUGAUUGAUUUAAACAGAUGAUUCAGGGAUUCAAAUCUUUUGAUUGUGUUUGAAUUUGAUUCAUGAUUCUUUUUUAAUUGAAUUUGAAUUUGACUUUUCCAAAAUCAUUUCUGAAUCAUCACUGAAUCAGACUGCUUUGAUCGUUCGUCAUGUUUGUUGUUGUGUGCAGAAAUGCAACAGACCAUUUUUAUUAGUUCAUCUUUUGAAUGGUUUAGUAGCAUCCAGAACUGCUGAUUGGUUUAAACAGAUGAUUCAGGGAUUCAAAUCUUUUGAGACUCUUUCUGAGUGAUUCAGUUAAACGAACCAGCUCGUGAGAUGUGUGUUUGUUUGUAAAACAGGCUACAUUUACUGUAAGGACUUUUGAAAUAGAUGAAUCAAAAAUGUACCAGCGUAAAGAAUCAUAACUGAAUCACAUUGAUUCUUCUGUUUGUUGUUCCGUGCAGCAAUGCAACAGAGAGAUAUUUAGCAUUUCUGUAUGAUUUUACUCAAGAACGUCAUUGAACUGCAGUUCUGCAUAAGAAUAGCUCUUUAUUCUCUAGUGAAGGAAUGAUUUGACCAGCCGUGCAUGAAUCCUAUAAGCUUUAAGUGCGUUUAAGCACUGACCCGAGAAUCUGCUUUACAUUAUGUGAGGACGUCUGAUCUGAGAUCAGCACAUGUGCAGACAGUCAUCCGUGGCGCCGCUUCAAUUGCACGCGGUAAGAUGGAUGCCUCACUUACGGUUCGAUUCGCCAUCUAAUGUUGAGCUCUGCACACAGCCCAUGCUUUCACAUUACACUCCACUGUUUGGAGAACGGCUGCACCAUUUCUCAGUGAGAUUGAAUGUUGAGCGAUCGUGUCGCCAUACAUCUUCUCAAGGUUAAACGCGGUCAGCAUCGCAUUGUUCCUGACCAUAAAACCGCCGUAAGAACCAAUGUUUGUGAGCGCAGCUUGAACUGAUCAAAGACUAGUUUGCUACAUUUGAGAGUGCCAGAAAGCUUUGUUGUUUUAUUAAAUCAUCAUAGCUUUGAUGAACAGAUAUAAAGAGCGCAGAUGGGCAUUAUUCUAGACCUUUCCAUGAGGUUGAAGUGACUUGAAAUGCAACUUUUAGCAAUAUCCAAAGCUGGGUUUUCACGAGCACAAUGCUAAAUCUGCAAGCCUUCCCAGAACAGAUGCUCUCUCUUCCCAAACCUUGCUGUCUACUCCCUACAUAGGCAGCUGUUUCCUGAGGCAGCAUUCGAACUAGAACACAACUUCACCAGUUUCUGAUCUGGAACAUCUGAGUGUCACACAAUACUGAUCAGACGCAACUCACCAUUUACUCACAGUAUAUGUCGUUUCUAUCUGUACGUAUGUGUAUAUGAAUGUGUGUGUGUGUGUGAAUGCUCUGUAAGUGGCUUUGGAUAAAAGCAUCUGCUGAAUGCAUAAAUGUAACUGACAGAGUACAACAGCAGAGUUUGGGAAUGCGUGUUUGAAGGGUUAAUGGUGUUUGUGGGUAGGUGGCGCUGUUGUUCAGCACACGAGCGGGUGUCUCUCUGACAGCAGGGGUCUGCUGUUUUCAGCUCUGUCAGGAGAAAUGAUUGUUUACACCUGUGAGGAGAGGAGAGCCACACACACACACACACACACACACUUCUCUCUGAUUUACUCUCAGAAUAAACGUCAGAUUAAUGCUGGAGAAAGAUCCUUCAGAGCUCUACCAUGCUAACAGCUGCAGUUACUACGCUCAUUGUGAUCUUGGUUGAGGAAAACUCUGUUCUUAAUAACAGUGGUGAAUAUUGUGUGUCUGGAUGUUGUUGUUUAUGUUCGUGUUGGAAUGUUAGAUUUCAUCACAAAUCAAAAUGUGAAAAAAAAAAAAAAUGAUGGUGAAGCCUAUUUUAGGAACAAGGAACUUAGUCAUUUUUUGUUCUCAUUGUGACUUUUUCGUGCCAUUUGUUCCCACUGUUUUGAAAUUUUUUUCUAUUAUCUGUAGUGAAAAUCGUUCUGUCAGUCAUUCUUUUUCUCUCAAAUCAACAGAAGUUUAGUUCAGUUCAACAAAUGCUACCACAUGCAUGGAGUAUAAAUUAAGUGUACAUUACUUUGUCAUUUUACACAUUAUGGAAAUGCAGUUUUGAGGUGUGUGUGUGUGUGUGUGUGUGUGUGUGUGUGUGUGUGUGUGUGUGUGUGUGUGUGUGUGUGUGUGAGUGUAAAUGUAUGCAUAAACAAAGAAAUUCUCUCUCAGCAUCUGUUGCCUCUCAUCUUUCUCAUUGAUAUUCUUUUAUUCUCUGCAACACGCACACACACACACACACACACACACACACACACACACACACAAUAACACCCGCUCAAACCCCCACAUCACACACUCCUAACAACCAGUUCUGCUUCCUCCCCCUUCACACACACUCACACACACACACACACACUGAACAGCUCUCCAGCGGCCGCUCAAUGCGCUUGUGAUUGAAAUGAACAUCAUAAACACUCACAUUCUCUCUCUGCAGGUUAUAGAAACGUUGAUAGUCUGACAGAUUUCAUCGCGAAUGAAACGGCAUUUUUAUAAAUGACAUCAUCAUCGCUCCUUUAUGACAUCAUGUCUGCCUUUAUCAAGUCAUUACUGCAUCUAGAGCCCAACACACUGAUGAUGAUGAUGAUGAUGAUGAUUCUCAGCUCAGUGUGUGUGUUGUGUGAUGUGGGCGGGGCUGUGUGAGGGGGCGGAGCCAGCAUUAAGCUGCUUUAACUCGUCAGUGCUCAAGGCGUCCGUUCCAGGCAUACAUCAUGCGCUAAUUAAGCAGCGUUAUUUAAUCAAGACUGCUGCACGCAUGCAGAUCGCAUUACUCACGGCCAAUUAGGACACGCUCAGACACUCUCAUUUCCAGAACAGCACUGCAGACAGUGAGUCCCACAAUGCAUUGCAGCAACAGUCAUCCCAGUUUUACUGUAAACACUUCAUUAAUGUAAGAGCAGACGUGGCCAUUUGUUACUUGAAUUUUGCAUCAUUACUAUUAUUUUUUUUUUUUUUACUGUAGAUGAUUUAUAUUUGCAUCUAGUGUACUUUAU